GUCAAUAAUGAGUUUGAGGUUAUAAACUUUUUUCAUGUUUGUGUUUGUGAUUUAUUUGUACUUGUAGUAAUUAAUAUGAAGAUGAAUAGACGAAAUUAAUAAAAAUUAUUUAUUUAGUAACAAAUUAAUUCCUUAUCUGAAAUGUCAUGCAGUUAUGCGGACGGUUUGUCUCCUUAUGACAAUAAAGGAGUUUUAGGCUUACCUGAGAAGUUUGAACAUGAGGAAAAACUUGACGAAAAAUGUAGCAUGUUGGCAGAAUGGAUAGAAAAUUCUAAACAUGUAGUUGUGCACACAGGAGCUGGUAUCAGCACAGCAGCAGGUAUACCUGAUUUUAGGGGACCAAACGGCGUAUGGACCUUGGAGAAACAAGGUAAAAAACCGAAUAUAAAUAUUUCAUUUAAUGAUGCUCUUCCAACAAAGACGCACAUGGCAUUAAAGCAUUUAAUAGAUAAGGGAUAUGUCCACUAUAUUAUUAGCCAAAAUAUCGAUGGUUUGCAUUUAAAAACAGGUGUCUCAAGGUCUCAUAUAGCAGAAUUACAUGGAAAUAUGUUCACAGAACAAUGUAAUACUUGUGAAAGUCAGUUUAUCAGAUCAUCAGCUACGACCACUGUAGGAAAGAAAUGCCUCAAUGAGGAUUGCAAAAGAUCUAUAACAAGGGGUAGAGGGUGCAGGGGAAAACUUCAUGACACCAUUUUGGAUUGGGAACAUAGCUUACCCGAACACGAUCUUGAAAUGUCCGAUUAUCACUCUAGCGUGGCCGAUCUUAAUAUUUGUUUAGGUACCACGCUUCAAAUAGUCCCAAGUGGAAAUUUGCCAUUACGAAACAAAAAGUUUGGAGGAAAACUUGUUAUAGUUAAUUUACAACCCACCAAGCAUGAUAAGAAGGCAGAUUUAAUAAUAAAUUUCUUUGCUGAUGAUGUCAUAUUAAAAGUUAUGAAGAAAUUAAGUAUAGAAAUUCCAGAUUAUUCGCCAGACAUUGACCCCACAAAGAAUCAUGCACUGAUUAGAGCGAUGGAGUGGAAUAUAAAUAAAUUUGAUAUCAAACACAUAAAAACACAAUAUGAUUUACGGUUUAAAGUAUAUAAGAAAAGAAAAUCGGAAGGAAACCAGAGGAGAAAAAACUGUAAAAUAAUUAAAAGUAAAUGUUUUGUAGAGACUAAGGUUAAAAAAGAAGAAAUUAAAUCGAGCAUUAUUGAUUUAACUUUAGAUAUGUCCGAAGAAGAUGAUACAUUUACUGAAUGAUAACUUUUUUAAUUUUAGGUUAUAUUCUUAUUUAUACUUUUUUUAUG